CGACAAUCAUUAUAUUUUUUCCAAAGCAGCAUUACUUUCUUUACAGGCGCAUUGUCAUCAAUAUAUGGUAUUUAUUGUGAUCCGAACAAGGAAUGCUUAAUCGAACGAUUUCCGCAGGAUACACCAAAAUAUGUAGCUUUAAAAGAUUUAUUCCUAUCGCAAGAUAAAGACGUUACGUCUAUUAUAAAUUGUAAACAACCGUACGAAUCUUUUUAUGAUUUCGGAUUGUCUACAGAUUACAGUUUCAUAGAAGGAAACAAUCGCGAAAAUGCGACGAGAAAUUUCGAUACAAUAAAGGAGACAAAUUACAUUGGACAUGAAUUAGAUAGCAUCUACACGAAGAACAAGACUGACAUUGAUGAUUUACGUUUGGAUAUCAAGUUCCCUUUGUAUAAUUGUGAUGGAGUGUACAAUGUGGAAAACGAUAAAGAUUCGAUAAAGAGAAGAAGCGAUGAAGACACACGCGAAGAAGAAGAAGAAAGAAGAGCAAAGAAAGAAAUGUACCUACGAGUGCGCAUUCAAGCUUAAGAAGUGCUCGGCUUCACGGAGAGGAACGACGAAAGAGAGAUGUAAGCACGGAGGGGGCAAUAAUGUGAAGAUGCGUGGGCGGCUGUCAGUGAGCGCGAGAACGCUGCGUGAGACUUUUACCGCUCCUCCGAUCAGCGAUGUACAAACGGAUUCUUUAUAAAAUGUAUCUACAGCAAACAACAUUUUGAUUUUGUAUUUAAUAUUCCUUUUGUGUGAACUAAUCUUAAAGCCAGUCGUUAUCAGAAAAAUGUUAAAAUCUUAAUUUCUGGAAUAAAAAUAUCUGUUAUGUGUCACGCAAAUAUUUUUAUGAUGCGUUGCAUGUUAGUAUUCUUUUACUCAUUCGUAUUCUUAAAUCGUGAUGUAUAAAAAUUGUUGAAAUCUUUUGCAAUAUGUCUAGCUAACUCUAGCACAUAUGCUAUAUUUCUCUUGUUCCUCAGCAGUAGGUAUCCUCGGAUGUCCCCACCCCAAACCAUGUAACACCCUCUCCAUCUCCUCGCGUUUUAGCCAAGCGUCAAGUCGUAACCCGUUCAAUUCGCAUUCGACCGACGUCUUGGUUUAAAGAAUCACGGGGACAAGACUUUUGACGAUGACUUGAUUUCUGCCGACUGAUUGAACUGAACCGCGGUUACCAGCAGAAUACUGCGCGUAUUGCGGGGCGAAAGAGAUAAGUGCGAGUGAUUUGCUCCAGUCCGUCGUUUGUGAGAGAGUUUGUUCGUUAAAUCUCGGCGAGUGACAAAACGCGAUAUAUUG